AUGGGGGAGGGUGUGAAAUGGAUGAAGGGAGAUUUACUGGAUCGGGUCGAUUGGUCACAGGGACAAGCAGAUGGGAUACCCCAAAGGAUGUUUCGGAAACAACUUACGCCUGGAGAGGUGGACCCUGUACGAAUGGUGAGGUUAUUUUUGGGGGUGUUUAAUGGUGCAAGGUGGGGGACAUUUGUUGGAAUUUUACUUCUUUCGCGUCUCGUGGCGAUUGAUAGAGUAGCCACUCGCUAUCCUCGUUUCUCCACUGAUGUACUCAUACUACGACCACUGCGGCCUAAUCACUAUCAAUCUCAAGAAUGGCGACUUAUCCCCGCCGAUCUGUGGAUAUUCCGUCAUAUUCAGAGUGGGGUAGAUCUCACUCUCAUCAGGAAGAGUCGGAUACGUCGAUCCCACCCCAAAGUUCUCAAGAGAUCGACUGUUCCAUUAUUAGACGCCCCGAUCGCAAGCCAUCGACACCCAUCACCGCCUUAUCCUAUUUCUUUCACACCUUUUGGAGAGGGGAACAAAGAAGCUGGUGUCAUGAUUCGCGAUCGGUGUCCGGAUGAUGACGCAGGGGUACAGGGGGCGGUGAUACACUUUUGA